AUGUCAGUGCAACAUUGCGCGGUACCGCUCGGCGAGCGUGCUCGACUUUUCAAAUUGCUCGGCGACGAACAGGCCACGGCAGCACUCAUUUCUUCAAUGCGCGAGCCAAUGGAGGCGUCACAGGUGAACCGCUCGACGUCGCCGCCGCUGCCAUCCGCACGCUCGCUCUUCCAGCGAUCGCCGGACGUCUCGGCCGACUGCCAGCGGCCUCUACCGCGUCUACACCCACUACCGCCACGGUCUCCUACGCUCGGAGACGGCGGUGACAAGUCGCUGCUUGUGUUCGUGCACCCGGACAGAGCCACCGCUGCUGGUUUGCAGCCCAUUCGAGCGAUGUCACCCCGUUCCGUGGCAGUAGCUGGAGGCGAAACACAGGAGGUAGAACCGCCAGGGAAGGCCGUCGAUAGAGCGGUAAAAGACAAGAAACGUACGCGCGACUAUGACGAGAACAGAGCCAGCUCGGAUGACUUGACGGAGGGCGAGACUCCGCGAUGUCGGAAGCGCAGCAAUUCAACGUGCAAGGCCAGGAAACCCACGUACCUCGUUCGAAAGGAGGAGAAGGACGAGCUGACCAAGCAGAUCGACAAACUGGAGGCCCAACUGGAAUAUCUCAAGCACACUGCGUCCAUCAGACCCGAGUGCUUUGAACGAGCGGUGGUGAGACGAACAGAUCACAAGUAUUUCGAGCAAGAAAUGCACAACCAUCUGCUACGUGAAGCUGUGCGCAACCAGCACUUCCAGCUCUUCAGUGCUCAGUCAGCACUGUCGGAACUCGCGUACUCGAUACAACAGGAUCAGUGCCCCAUCAACACCUUCAUCCAUCUCGGCUGUGAUAUCCAGCAACGCCGCUCAGUGUUGGAAAGUAUGAAGACUCAAAAACUACGAGAUGCCAAGCAGCUCAUGGACAAACGCAUACAAUUUUUAAGAGACCCAGCCGAGCAACGUCGCGAGACCGCCCAGUUCCCUACAGACUCGGGAUCUCUUUGCUCGGUGGUGUUUGACGUGACUCCACUUGACUCCGGAGUGGAAGUCAAGGACAUUGAACACGCCUAUCGAGCUGCUUGUGCAUACUCCAAGCGUAUGGGCACGAUGGUGCCUCCCUACACUGGCGAUGACUCGGGUGUAGUGCACAGUCGCCUCCAAGUGGACACAUCGCCGGAUCUGCCCACGGAAUCGAAUUUUGUGGUUUUUUCGGAACUGCAAGUUCCGAAUUUCGGAUCACAGUCCGAACCCAGUGAAGAGCGACAUAGUGAACCUCUUGGGUUGCUGUGA